UUGAGUUAAAUAUAAACUCAAAAUAAUAAUAUAAACAAUCGCCCUUCAGUCGGUCAGGCCACAUACCACGCACGCAUAGUGUUGUGUGUCGUGCCUUAACCAAAACAAACUAUCUCCCUUCAUUAUCAUUAGAGAUAUUUAAUUAAUUAAUUAAUUAAUUAGGUAAUUUAUAAAAUAAUGAGAUGAUUUCCUCUAUGAUGCUAUAGCAGUAGGUAAGUAUAAUUUUUAACUGUGUUUUGGGCACUUUUUCAAGUAUUGUUUAGUUACCUAAUUCUAAGUUCAUAAUUUCUGUGGACCCCUUGUGGAACAAAGGGACACAACCACAACACGUACAUUGUGCUCAGUUUUGGGUUAUUCCUGAAAAGUUAGGUUCAUAACAAUUAACAUUCCAGCUACUUGUGCUUCGCUGACUUUUCUGUUAUCAGGACAGUUGUCAGUGGACUAACUUCCCAAAGACUUUCACCAGCACACAUAAGCUCUACUAUUGAGGAAUUUUCAUUCCUUGUCAAACCCUCAUUGGUUUCAUGCUAUUGCCUUUUCUGUAGCAGGUUGUUGCUUUACUAGGUUGCUAGCCCUACAACCAACACUUCUUAUUUGAGCUUGGGACCAGUGUGCUGCCUUGGAAUGUUGGUAUAGGCAAAGCUAGUUAUCUAAAUUAUUAAUAUCAACUGCAUCUAAAGCUGUUAGUAUGCUGUUCUUUGAUACCUUAAAUGAUGCAGGCUAUUGAUGAAUUAGAUGGAGGUUGAACGUGUGCCAUUUAAUGUGUCUCUGCCUCUGCUGGGUGUAGGAGCAUUUACUUUGCUACUCAGCUUUUGUUUUUGCUGUUAUUUAUGGAGGUUAAAACGCAAUGCUAGACAAGAUGAACAAGGCUAUUUGACUAGAAAAUACACACCAAAACACAAGCAUCAACAGAAUGAUACUUGUCCAGUUUGUCUGGAAGAGUUCCUGGCAGGGGAGAAAAUUGCCUUGUGUCUGUGUAAGCAUGGCUUUCAUUCCAAGUGUUUAAUCCAAUGGCUGGAGUACAAGAACACAUGUCCAAUGUGUAAAGCACCUGUAACCAAAACAGCCAAUGAAAGAACAGGUUUAAUUCAUCCUUCAACAACUACAUCAGUGUGACAAGAUAGUAGUUCUCCAUGCUAAUGUUGUGCUACUUCAUUCAUUGGACUUUGCUGUAAUGUUUAGCAGCAUUUGAUUGAAUAAUUGUUGCUGUAAUCUUUACCAGCAUAUGAUUGAAAGAUUGUCACUAGACAGACAACACCAGGACAGCAAUGUUGCAUCAACCAGUAGGUCACUCAUGACAAACAUCUCAUUACAGUUACAAUUAAUUUAAUUAUAUGUUUUGCAUAGAAAAUAAAUCAACAGUUUAAAAUAAUGCAUUUACUCUACUUUGUGUAAAUAUUUAAUGCUUGUGAAAUAUUUACUUGUAUAAAGUAAAGAACAUAUUAAUUAUUAUGUGUCUAUUCUAAAAAACUGUAUUUGUGAUUGGAUGUUUGAAACAUCAAAGGACAGAAAAUUCUAUCCUUUUUUUAAAGUUUUUAUGAGUAACAAGUUCUUUUCAGAUGUUUAAGCCAGUCUAACUUUUUAUGACAUUCCAUGAGAUCUUAAAAUGGCUGUUUGUUAAAUGAACAGUUUUUUUUUUGUUUUGAUAGCAAAGAUCAUUAUUUUAAUUACAUAAUUUAAAUAAUACAUAAAAUUGAUAAAAAAACUCCAUUGGGAUUCUAACUAGCCUCAAAGUAUUUGAACAAUGCUGUAAUACUGAUACAGCAAGGGCUCUCAAAGAUGUAAAUCUUGUCUUGUUAUGUUGAAUUGAACUCUAGUGUUCCAAAAUGUGGCCAUUAUUGAACCAAUUACUCAAGAAAACUCUUGUACAUAGUUUAGAUAACGUAAUACAUAAAACUAUUUUACUAACUGAUAUAAAACUUUAAAUAUAUUGGGUGUGAUAAUGUACAGUAAAGUUUAAACCCAGGGUAAGGUUGUUUUAAAACUGUUUUUUUAAUUUUUUUGAAUUGAUGUAUGACUCAAAAAAUGUGUUAUACAUAGUGUCGGUUGUUUCUGUGCAAUAUAAAGUUUAUAAAAAAAUUACAUCACUUUUUUAAGAAAAUGGUUUAUUUGGACAUACAUUGUUAUUUUCUCCUAUAAUUUAUGUACAAGACUGGAGUCAUAUAUAACCACUUUAAAGCUACAGUCAUACAAUUGCUUUGUUGUAAUAUUUUUAAAAAAUGUAAUGUAACAGAAAAAAAACAUCCACUAUCAUAGAUGAGUAAACACACACUAAUAAAUUAGCCAAGUGUGGUUUUCUAAUUAAAUUAAACAGUAUCUGAUUAAAUUAUGUGCAUUUCAAAACAAAACAUUUUUAUGUAUAUGUUCAUGUAAAAUCACCUGUUAUUUGUAUAUUUUACUAAAUAAUUUCAUAAAUUAAAAAAUGUAAAGGGAUCCUUGCUUGUUGAAAUUACUGUAAUCUGUAACCAAAUAAAAUCAUAAUGU